CCUCGCAUUGAGCCAGCCUCCUGAUAUUUCCACAUAUCCCCGUGCGGCCGGGGGCGCUCGUGCGCCACCACAAGGAAGGGACAGGAAGGCCAUGGGCUUCCAGGUAGCAGUCGUCGCACCAUCGCCGUGCGCGCGCUGCUACGCGGCGUCGUCGCCGUCGCCGUCGACGUCUUCGCGGCCACUGCCCGCCUUCCUCGGCGGCGGCAGCGCCGGGCUCGUGAGAUCCGGGUCACCCGUUAAUUGGGGAGGCGGUGUAGCGGUGCGGUGGUGCCCGAUGCGGACGCCCGCGAGGUGCGCUCUGAGCGCCAGCUUGGAUGGCAUGGGAGGAGGAGAUGCGGAGUUCUUGAGGAGGGUCGAGGAGCUCGCAGCGGCGGCGGGGGUGCAGACGGCGGGUGCCGCGGGGUGCGAGUGGCCCGCGAGCGUGGAGCGGAGCGCGAGCAGCGUCGGGAUGCCGCUGUCGCUGCGGAUGCUAAAGCGGAAGAAGCAGCAACAGCAGCAGCAGCGGCAGGUGGCGCGGCAGUCACGGUGGGACGAGCGGCUGCUGGGCUCCGCCGGUGAGUCGGUGGGCCGUGCCUUCUCGUGGAUGGUGUUCAUCGUGCGGGAGCUGCAGAGCUUCGCGCUGCAGCAGAUGCGCGACGCGCUGCUCUUCGACGACCUGCAGGGCGUCCUGGCGCGCGUGCAGGGCGAGAUGCACGCCUCCUUCGUGUGGCUCUUCCAGCACAUCUUCGCCGGCACACCGACGCUCAUGGUCUCCCUCAUGCUUCUCCUCGCCAACUUCACCGUCCACUCGAUGGGCAACAGUGUCGCCGCCGCCGCAGCCACAAUCCAGCCUCCUCCGCCCGCCGUCGCGGUGGUCGACACCCAGCACGCGGAACCAUCCGGCCCGCGGUUCGACGCGGCUUCGGUGAAGACGUUCUCCUUUGGCCGGACGGCCUCGGUCGGCGGGAGCAGCGGCGGUGGCGGCAAGGUGCGGCCCGUCUCCGGCCCCACCGGCGACGGCCGUUCCGAUGAGUUCCUCUAUCGGCUAAGCCGCGUGGCACCGCAGGAACCGUCGACGCCGGCGGGGACGGGCGCAGGAGAUGUCGUGCCCGACGCUGCGGACGCGGACGAGCAGGCCAUUUGGGAAAUGAUGGUCGCGGGGGCCUCGAGAAUGCAGGCCAGCGCGCGCGCCGAGGAGCUGAGCGACCCGGACGUGUUGGGAAGCCUCGUCGCGCCGGUGGAGGCGGAGCUGGAGACGGAGGACCACGCCGAGCACGCGCGGACGCAGCAGCGGUACAAGCAGGCUGUGGACGUUGAGCCGAACAACUCGCUCAUCCUCGCCAACUUCGCGCAGUUCCUCUACCUUGUGCAGAACGAUCACGACCGGGCGGAGCACUACUUCGAGAGGGCGGUGCGCGCGGAGCCAGCGGACGCGGAGGCGCUGAGCCGGUACGCGACCUUCCUGUGGAAGGCGCGGAACGACCUCGCCGGCGCGGAGGACACCUACCAGGAGGCCAUCGCGGCCGACCCCGGCAACUCGCACCAUGCCGCCGCCUACGCGCACUUCCUCUGGAACACCGGAGCAUGCGCGGGGGCGGCCACGCGGCGAGACGCCUAGACCACUACACCACGGCACGGGCGGUGGAGUGGAGCUGACACAUGAGAUCGUCCCUUAGGCUGAUUAGAACGUGGGCAGUGGAGUGAGUUGUGAUCCAGGAGGACAUGGCGCUUCUUCCUUUCCGGGAAACCGGCAAUUGUAGCUUUUGGCCGGGAACGGGUUGACGGGCAUCUUGGAUGCCGACGAGCUUGUCGGGGCCAACCGGCGGCCGGGUGGCAUGGUAGGUUGUAGUAUUGGGGUAGCACAACGGCGUGGAGGGAGACGAGGUGGCAUGGAUCAUGGAUGAAUGUUCUAUUGAGUAGUGUAUAGUGGCAACUUGCAUCCUGUAAUUAUGCGAUAUGAAAAGGAAUAAGUCAGUGAAUAAGAUGACUGUGGUAAAUCCCGGUGCAAUCUGUCUCA